AACUUACUAGUCUUGUAGUAGUAGUAGUACUGAUUUCAUCUUCUCUUGCAAGCCAAUUUUCUCCAUUUCUCUCUCCUCCAUUUUUACAAAAAGCUUCACUAAAACAAAUACAAUACUUCUCCGCCAUUAAAGUAAGAACUCUAACUGUUUGCGUAUUUGUGAAGCUAAUCUAUUUCUCUCUCUUUUGUAAAAUAAAGUAAAUUAGUGUUACACCAACACCUCCCUCCAUUAAAGCUCCCACGAGAUAUUUGGUAAAUUUCUCACGGAAAAGUUUUUUUCUGUCUACUUUGUCUCCUUACUCCCUAUAUAUAAUCAUCUUCAAUCUUAGAUUCUACAUUGUAGUAUUCAUUAUUUGAUUCGUUUUGUUCAUUUCAUUCAUCAUUUGUUGUGAUUGUGGAGUAUUGUUAUUAAUGGGUUGGAAAUCAGGGUUCGUUAUAAUUUGGGUAUUUUGUAUUCAAUUUGUAUUACAAUCAAAUGCGAUUCUUGACCCGCUUGAUUUCUUGGCAUUACAAUCGAUUCGUAAGUCAUUAAAAGAUGUUCCGGGCUCUAAUUUCUUUCAAUCAUGGGAUUUUACUUCCGACCCCUGUACUUUUCCUGGUGUUUACUGUGAUUCUGAUAAGGUUAUUGCUCUUAAUCUCGGUGAUCCACGGGCUGGUUCGCCUGGUUUAACGGGUCGGAUUGAUCCGGCUAUCGGAAAGUUAUCUUCAUUAGCAGAGUUCACCAUUGUUCCGGGUCGGGUCAUCGGUAAAAUACCCGAAACCAUUUCGCAGUUAUCCAAUCUCCGGUUUUUCGCCGUUAGUCGCAAUUUUCUCUCGGGAGAAAUUCCGGCUGCUUUCGGUGAGCUACGAAAUUUACAUACUCUUGAUUUGAGCUACAAUCAGCUCACCGGUUCAAUUCCUAGACCGCUCGGUUCACUUCCGGUUCUCUCCAAUCUCAUUCUCUCUCACAAUCAUCUAACCGGUUCACUCCCUCCAUUUAUUUCCAAUUCCUUAACUCGUGUCGAUAUAAUGCACAACAAUCUAACCGGUUCAAUUGAACCGGAUUCUCUCCCUGCAUCAAUUCAAUACCUUUCACUAGGAAUCAACAAAUUAUCCGGACCGGUUUUCACCUUUUUACCCAAACUAAACCAAUUAAAUUACCUUGACUUAAGUAUGAACCGGUUCACCGGUUUAAUCCCAUGUCAAAUAUUCAGUUUCCCAAUCUCAAACCUCCAAUUACAAAGAAACCAAUUCUUCGGACCGGUUCAACCAGUAGAACAGGUAACAAUAUCAACCGUUGAUUUAAGUUACAACAGAUUAUCAGGGCAAGUAUCACCAAUGUUAUCAACGGUUCAAAAUCUAUUCCUAAACAAUAACCGGUUCAUGGGUCUAGUCCCAGGAAAUUACGUAGACCGGUUGAUGGAUGCAACAAUACAAACGUUGUAUUUGCAGCAUAAUUAUUUAACAGGAUUAGAGAUAAAUCCAACGGCAGAGAUUCCAUUAAGCAGUGUAUUAUGUUUACAGUACAAUUGUAUGGUCCCACCAGCGCAGUCAGCAUGCCCGUUGAAAGCAGGAGAUGAGAAGACACGACCAACUGCUCAGUGUAUCGAAUGGCGAGGUUAAUUUUGGAAGUUCCAAACUAGACAGUAGACAAAAAACACAUUUUAGUUUAAUUAUAUGUCUAUUUUGGCUUAUGUGGCAAACAUUUUUGCUUUCAUUUAUUUAUUUUUUGUUCUUAAUUAAUCAUACUAUUAUAUUAUUAUUAUUGUUAUUAUAUAAUAAGAAAAUUAAGCUUGUGGAUAACUUUUUUUUUUUUUUCUUUUAUUACUUUUUUUUGGUGCGGAGUUGCAAGCUGAGUGAAGAGAAAUGUCAAAAAAGAGUCAAC